AUGGGUACUCAUACGAUUCAUCGUGCUAUCGGUCACCGUGAUCCAUUGUCGUUUCCUCGUUUCGAAUCAGACGAAACAUUCAACGGCAAAGUUCAAUGUCAGAAACAUCCUUACACUACACAGACUCAUGAAGCACAACGAGAUGAACCAUGGAAUCGUUUAUAUUCGACUGCUACACUGUCCAGUGGUCGACAUGAAAUUUAUACAACCGAUCCAAAAGCUCCAAGCGACAGUCUAGAUUUCUUAUUAAAAGCCACUUAUGAUCAGCAUCAAGAAACAUUCGCAAAUAAAGCAAAAACGUCUGUACAGAAAGAAACAAUAUCUGAUGAUCAUGGACGCAUAUUGAAAAACAGAGUUGUUUAUAAGGCAGAAGUACCACCUGAAUUAAAUCAUCCAUUGAGAAUAGCUGACAGUAGUCGAAAAGAACAUAUUGCUGAACCAAAACAAGCGAUACAGGGUAUACAUUCAAUGUUAACAAAUCGUGGUUAUGCACGAAAUCAUCUUGGCUCAUUUUUCGUUGCAUAG